GCAGCUUCAUUCAUGCCUUCCACUGGGCAUUGAUCUGUCUCCAGUCUCCACUGCAUUUCACUAGCAGCAGUUUUCGCCUUGUGAGUUAGAUGAUUCCGAGAGAGCAAAGAGUGAGUUGAGAGGGAUGGAGAGAGCACAGAAGGGAAGGAGAAAGGAAUAGGGAGGCGCGGCGAUGGUUGGUUCUCUGGCGGCACUGGAUCGGGCACGGGCGCAGAGCUCCUGCUCGGGGACGCGAAGAUCCAGGGAGGCACUCUCCCAUUCAGUUAACCUUACUAUCGGUUCCUGGGUGCAGCCCCGGCCGCCAUCGCCUGAACGGCGCGGACGCGUGCUUCUCCCCAGGGAGGGCCAUGCCGCUGCAGAUGAAACUGAAUCCCCUUCCGAGCCGGCGAACAUGACAUGGUUGGUUUCACGGGAUCGACUCGGCUACCUACAGAAGUGCCACCAAUCUGAAGUUCUGAACCAAGCUAUUGCGUCAAGGUUGAUUCAUAUGAUUCUUCAGCGGCAGCAAAAGUUUUUCAUGUACAUUCCUUCCUAUAAGCGACGGGCGCGACACGCACCUCCAACCAAUGCUUUCCCCGGUGAUCCCCGGCCACGAGCACGUCUAUCCCCUACAAGCCGCUACCGGUGCUCCCUCUCCGCUGGAUGCGGCAAGGUCGUGUGAGUGUUCUGUAGGUCGGCACUGCACCAUGGGCACAGGAUCGUCGCCCUCAUGGCCACAGCCGCAAACUUCGUGUCUGGCCUGCUUAUCCUCACCACUUUCAGUGUCGGAGGCAGUGCGUGACUGGUGACCAGUGUCCGACUUUGAUCGUCGAUGCUGAUGAUGGAUUCAAGCACUCCACCAUAUUCUUAGUACAGCACCACUGGGGACUUAGCAAAACUGCUUUUUAGUCAUUAACAUCCAAGUCCUAGAUAUUGUUAUGGCAUAAAUUUUGACGGUUAGGAUUUUAACAAGGUGCAGAACUGUGUAGGUUGAGAUGACAGAGAUAAUAGUAUGCUAAAUGUGUAGACAUAGUUUGACAACUUUGCUGAAACAUAGUACUCCCUUUAGUAAAAAAGAUGCCCUGAAUAAGCUCUAAUAUGACAUCAUGAGUGUUACCAUUU